UGGAGAGAAAGAUGGUGGGGGGGGAGAAAGAGAGAGAAAUUAUACAGUGUAAAAUUCAGACGAAUUCAGCUUUAGUAGUAGUGCAGCGUACAGAUCAGCAGGCUCCUUCACCGCUGGGGAACAACCGCCUUUUGUGUUCCCCCCGCUGCAGUGGGGGAGUGCAUUUACCGUCGCGCCCAAGGGGAUAAGCCAAGAAGUAUCCUCCAAUCAGCCGUUAGUGAUUCCUCUCAUCUUGUGAGGCUGCUGAUGGUGAUUUAUCACUGACCUGAGACAGGCUCUGCACUCUGCUCAACCCUCCAACCACCUGGAAUACUCACCAUGGUUUUUAUUUCUUUUCUUAAACACAAACACCCUCCUGUGGAUAUUUCAAAUAGAAUGACCAGUGGACAAUAGGAGGAUUAAAAUGGACUUACGGACUGCCAUUCUUGAAAUUCUGUUUUUUCUGCUGAAGACUGAAGAUGGACUAACUUUUACAGGUGCAUUUGUGCCAUAUGAGGACAUCAUUUUAUACUUAAUGCUUUAAUAGAAGAAUGUAGGCAUUUUUCAGAAUUAUUUGUCAUUUCACACCAUGUUUUAUUCUGGAAGCAUGGCAAGCAGGGGAUGAUCCUUGACCCUCCACUGCAAUAAUCAUGUUGGACUGAUACUCAGGUAGAUAGAGGUACAUGGUGAUGGACAGGAAAUGAAGAUGGAGAGAAGGUGUGAUAGUAGCAGCACACCUGCCUGCUGAGCACGUCUGACACCUCGAUGUAGCUUUAUUAGCACCUGCUCUCCAGAGUUUGACUAUGAGGUUUUAUUUUCCCAAAUUAUCAUGCUUCUCAUUGAGUGGAUAUAGCUUUCCAGUGUGCUUGUGUGUAUGAGUAUAUAACUGUGAGUGUGUGUGUGUGUGUGUGUGUGUGUGUGUGUGUGUGUGUGUGGUUUGUGUUAGGGGCCAGAGUUUGGGAUUACACUGCCUCUGGAAAGGAUACAGGUGUAGUGGAGCCUUGAAUGAGGAUUAGCAGUUCUAACACCUUGUCGCUGGCAGCACACAGGGUGAUGGACCUUUUAGACAAGACUCUCAAGCUAUGACCGCGCUGACAGUUCUCCCUGGAGGAUUAAAGAUAAACGUUUAACCGACAUGAUGAGACUCAGAGGGCAAGAAAGGAGACAGGAAGACAGUUGGGAAAGUUAUGUUGAGAUUUUGUUACCCUUCUAAUUCAGGUUAUCCUUGAGGAAUGCAGACUGACGUGAGUGGCAGUGGGAGUUCCAUAUAAAUAGACUGAGACCAUUUAUAGUAGCUAGACAAGGACAAUUAAAAUAUUGUAAAUAUGUAUAAGGCAAACACUGAUGGUACUUGUGAUAAACAAUCUUGAUUUCCCCAAUAACCUAGCAAGCACAAAAUCCAGUUGAUCCAUGAGUUGGUUUGAUAUUGAUUUCUCUGCACAGUCACUAAUUUAAUUACAAUCUGUCAUUCGGUCUCACCCUAGAGCAGUCGGACAGAGUGCUGAGUAUAUUGUAGCUAAGAGAAUCAAUGGUCUAAUACUUGUCAUGAUAUCUGACAACAGAUCAGAUAAAAAUAAUGCGUUCCUGCUGCAGUCUACUAUAACAAUCUUACAGUUUUGGCAUGUGUUGUUUACAUGUCUUGUAUUAUUUGGAGAGGUGGUAUGAAAAAAAUGACUUCUCCACUGAUGGCAGUUUUGCUGACAGUUACAGGAAAUUUGGCAGGUUGUGUGUGUAGUUAGGCUUUGAGUUUAAAGAACCGCGUGUUGUUGCCUGUCUUGAUGCGUGUGCAGGUGUGCAUGUUUUUUGGGCUUGUAUCCCUGGCAUACAGCUUAUCUUAGCUGCACAGCAGUGGCUUAAAGAUCCUGGCUAAUAAUGUGUAAUGGGCACCACCUUGCACCACCCAGCCUACCCCACUUUAAGUUAGGAAAUACCUUUAACAAUGCAUUGAUUCUGAAGUGGAGGACUAGAGCUGGGGAAGCGGGUCCUGACAGGGUUUUCAUGAGGAGAAGUUAUCUCAGCAGCCACACUCAGCAGCCCUUCAGCGAUCCAGGAAAGCAGAGGGUAUAGUAGGUGGGAAGCUCAGUGUGGGAGUGAGGAAAGCAGGAAGAAAAACAGGACUGAGGCAAGUUGUUUGAUAGCUGCAUUGUAUGUAUCUACCUUGUUCAAAGAAAAUUGCUGAAAGUGUGCUGUUUGGAGGUUUAGCACGGCGAGUGAAAAAACUCAGGAACAGCGUGGAGGAUUUCAGCUACAGUUCUGCUGGGAAAACCUGUUCUAUACUGCAGUUUUCAACAUUAUAGAACAAAGAACAGCAAGUAUACUGUAUGAUCACUUUUGACAAGUCACUGGAUAAACAUAGAUUUGUCUGAAACAACUCCAGAGUCCAAGAUUACAGUGAAACUGGAUGAUCUACAACAAGCACAUGAACUUAAACAAGCAAUUUUUUUUUUUGCCUGCGAUGGAGAAAGAAACAAGCACAUGGCCCUGCAGCUUUGAAACUAUCUCCACAUUUAAAUUUACUCUGGAUUAUAAUACUUGAAUUUUGAGCAAGAAGAGGAGAACAGUGAAAGACACACCCAAAGAAACUGUGUAUCCAUCCCCGGCUGGGAUGUGUUGUGUGUUACUCUGAGGAGGAGUACUGUAAUAUACCACAACCCUGCGAGUGAGGGUGGGGCUCUCCCACUGCCACAGACAAAGACCUUAUAGACAGAGUACUGGUGUGAGAACUGGUCAUCUGGGGCAGUUUUGGACUGGCACAGUCCAGCACCGUGUCAAAAGUCAACAUGGGGUGCAACAUGUGUGUGGUUCAAAAGCCUGAGGAACAAUACAGGGUCAUGUUCCAGAAGGGUCACAACAUGUUGUGCUCUUUUGACGCUGACGGUCGAUUAAAGGUGAAUGGAAAGGAGCUAUCCUGCCUUUCUGGGGAUCCCACCCUGGACAUACGGGACCCCGUGCUGUCCAGCAUACUGAGGCGGGGGGCCCGCAGACGGGCAGGCGUAGCAGGAGCUCCUGGAGGGUUAGUGCCAGUGACCAUGGGCAUGGCCGACUGUGUAGACAGCUGCACUCAAACAGACAUCAGCUUCCAGCAUAUGUUGACUCUGGGCAAGAGCAGCCAGCAUCCCUGUGGAGCUCCACCCCCACCCGACCCUCCGCCGUCCCCUCCACUACCGCCGCUACUAGAGCCAUAUCUACUCAAUGAACUCUUUAUAGAGCCUGUAUACUAUGACCCCACUGACUACUUCGAUAUCACUCAGCAUGAAGUGGACAGGCAGGAUGAGCUGGAAUAUGAGGAGGUGGAGUUGUAUAAGUCUCGACAGCAGGAUAAACUCGGGCUGACAGUUUGUUACAGAACCGAUGAUGAGGAGGACCUGGGAAUAUAUGUAGGAGAGGUGAACCCAAACAGUAUUGCUGCAAUAGAUGGACGCAUCCGCAAGGGAGACAGAAUACUACAGAUAAACGGAGUGGACAUCCAGGACAGAGAGGAGGCAGUAGCUAUUCUCACCAGAGAGGACAGCACUAAUGUCUCCCUGCUCCUUGCACGACCCGAGAUAGAGAAUGACAAUCAGCUGGACCCAGAUGAGCUGGACCUGGAGCCACUGGAUAAUGCUGUUCAUCUGCCCAGCAGCCACAGACUGAGGAACGGUCUGGACUGCGCAGGACCAGGCAGUGUUGCUGGUGGGAGUGUACUAGGUAGCCACGGUCGCUCAAUGAACAGGGAUUCACCUGAUUUGCUCCAGACGGUGCUGAGCAACAGCCAGGAGCUGGACAGUGGGGUGGGUCGUACAGAUGAAAGCACACGCUAUGAGGAGUCUUCAGAACACGAUCUUCUGGGAGACGACCACACUAGUGCCUCCAAUACGAACGCCACCAAUACUCCUGGCAGCAUGCGCAAGUUCUUGUCCGGCAGAGGGGACACUCCGCCCUUGCUGCACUCCCAAGACCUCCAGUUCAGCACUGACUCCCUCUUAGGGCUGGACUGUGUUAAUGGAGGAGGGCUGGAACAGGUGGAGCGAUUGGAGAGGGCCUACAUGGCAGAUCCCGUGAGGAUGAUGAUGCCUGGGCUGACUGAGGAGGAGUGUGAGAGGUACAAAGAGCUCCUGGAAAUCAAGUGUUACUAUGAAAGGAACAGUAAUGAUCUGAUGCUACUGGGAGGUCAGGGGCUGGCACAAGAGGAAGGGGGUGUCUCACUGGAUGUGAAUAGGAAUGAGAGCCUGACGCAGCAUGAGAUGGCGCUUCUGGAAGAGGAACUGCGCCACUUGGAGUUCAAGUGUCGUAACAUCUUGAGGGCACAGAAGAUGCAGCAGCUGAGGGAGCGCUGUCUGAAGGCUUGGCCUCUCGAGGACAAGAAUGGAGCAAGUGCAGGGGCUGGAGUAGGAGCUGGCCGCUUGGACAUAAAUGGUACUUUGGUCAGUGAGGAGUCCUGUCACCAUGCUCUGUCAGAUAUCAAUGAGCUCCCAGAGAGGGAGCGCUCAGAUAAGGACAGUACGAGUGCCUACAACACUGGAGGGGAAAGUUGCAGGAGCACCCCUCUGGUCAAUGAACAGUACCCUUCACCCUCUACACAGUUCCUGGAGGGAGGAGAGCCUCUUCCCCCAGCAGGUAUGGAGCUUCCAGCCUCCACUAGGCAGAGAGAGAGGGGAACCAGGGCCGAAAGAGGGGACGGGGCAAACCUCAACCAACCCUACUCUCCCCACACUCAAAGGAGAGGAGCUGAAGCUAAGACAUCCAGCCCCGGAGCUAAGGUUAGGUCCCUGUCCCGGGAUGCAGGAACCAGGCGGGGCUCAGAUGGAGGGGUGAGACGUAACCCCAAAGCCAAUGGGACAGCUGAGAGGGCUGGUGGAUGCAGUGCAGAGAACAGCCCUUACCUGUCUCGCCGUCAAACUGAAACAAAGCUGCCUCAGCGCUAUCUAAGCUGCAUGCAGCUGAGGUCUCCCUCCACCUCUGAACGGCUUGGUGGACUCAGAGAUGCUCCCAGAGAAGGCAGCAUGGAGACUGGGGGCGACGCCAGCCCAAUGAGUUUGGGUAGCACAUGUAAAGAUGUUGCCCAGGCCCCAGGUGCUGUACCCUUAGCCUUGUCCCCUUCAAUGUUGCCUGCCUCCCCUCGUAUGGAGUGGAAGGUGAAGAUCCGCAGUGAUGGCUCACGUUAUGUGGCCAAACGGCCUGUGAGGGAUCGCCUCCUGAAGGCACGUGCCAUGAAGAUCAGAGAGGAACGUAGUGGCAUGACAACGGAUGAUGAUGCUGUGAGUGAAAUGAAGAUGGGCCGCUACUGGAGCAAAGAGGAGCGCAAGCAGCAGCUGCUAAAGGCCCGAGAGCAGCGGCGCCGCAGGGAGUUCAUGAUGCAGAGCCGUCUCGAUUGCUUGAGAGAUCGUGAGAGGGAGCAGGGCAGCGGUGGUGGAGGACAGCAGGGGACGACACAGCAGCAAGAACCUACCUCCAUCCUGGAGCUGUGCCACCGCAGGAGCAUGAAGAAGCGCAGUCGCAGAAUCCUGGACAACUGGAUCACUAUACAGGAGCUACUAGCUCAUGGGACCAGGUCUGCUGAUGGGAAGAAAGUCUAUAACCCCCUGCUGUCUGUCACCACAGUCUGAGAUAAGAUGGGAGCGAAGGAGGCAGAGAGUUAGGGAGGGAUAAGAAAGUGCCAAAGUGUUUUGAUAGGGCCUAUAAGAUGAACACAAGCUGCUUCAGUACAGGGAUGCACCAACAUUCUAAAACACAAAGUCCAUGAUGGUAAUAUAAAGUAGCAUCGUCAGGCCCCAACCUAAAAUGUUUAGAUUGGAGAAAAGCUCAUGACUGAGACUGCCAGGGUUUGUGUAUCCAGUAACCGUAUGUAUCGUCCCAAACAGAAAGACAACACACACAUUUACAAUAUUGUCGAAUUGAAGCUGCAUUUCAGAAAUGCAUUCCAUGAUCACAAAUGCAGAUUUACAAAAGUCUUAAAUUUCACAAAUAUACUUCAGUAUAUUUUAAAUACACUGUAUUCCUCUUCAAUUUUGUCUGGUUGAAUGGACCUGAGCCAGUCAAGAAAAUGCUUCCCAACCCUUUUUCACGAUGUUUUACCUCUCACAUGUAAAGAAUGUGAUUCUUUCAUCUUACACAGAAACCUGUACCAGCUUGUCAGAUUUGAAAUCUGGACGUCACAGUCAAUGCACAAGACAAAAAAGAAGUGUGGGGUAGGACAAGUGGACAGACUUACAGACAUAAAGUGGAAAUAGAACACAGAUUAGCAUUUUUGAAAUGAUAACAUAUUCAGAGGAGUCCGUUUAGAAAUACAUCACCUCUUGAGAUCUGUCUUCUUACAUAAAGGAGAAAUGGUGUGAGAAAUGGCACCGCCUGCUGUUUCGCUAUUGGAGAAGUGGUGCACAACUUAAAAGUAAUCGUUGCAGGCCUCUACAUUUUGACAGAAUAGAGUUAAAUCAAAAAUGGAGCUAAGAACCAUGUAGCUGUGAAAAGAUUAUGAGAAAAAGCCACUUCUGUGCCAUAAAACUGUAUAUUUAGUGUCCAUAAAGGACUUUUGAUUAAGGACAAGAACAUUGUGUGCCAGUUAACGUAGUUAUGACAUUUGUUUCAUUCAUGCUGUGUUCAUGUACAAAUGCUCCCUUGUUUUGACACAGGAAAUGCAACAUCAUUGUCAGACCACUGACGCUUUUUGAUAAUGAGGAGCUGAGCGGUGCCUUCCUUUCAGGCAGACUUGACUGUAUAGCACAAUUUUCAAAGCGAUACAAAAAAGCUGAAAUUCUGUAGCUGUACCAGUAAACACUGAAACACAGAGCAACUGACAGGCUUACUGUUUUUUUUAAAGAAAGGGACAUUGUGUCAUACAAAGCACAGAAAACGUUUCAUAUUGCUGUUUCAUACAAAAAGGUAUAUUUGCCCUUUAAAUUGAUGGCAAAUGUGCCUUUUUUUCCCUCCAUUUGCCAUUCCUGUGAACAAGGCUAAUUCAUUGCAAAUGAUUAUUCUUUGCUACAAAAGAAUUCCCUGUUAAUUGGGUCUGCUGCGACAUCAACUGUUGAUUUAAGGUUGACUUGAAUUGAGGUUUUCACUUUGUAAUUCUAUGCUCUCAGAACUAGCCUCUGGAUAAUUAUCCAGCAAAAGUACCUGGAAUGGCAAUAAUAACCAAUAGUAGGGUGACUUAUUUAUAAAAUCUUAUAAACAAAAGCUGAUUUUUCAUUUGGCUUACUUGCAUGUUUGAUAUUGAGGCAGAAAUGAUUUUUUCCAUGUACUUAAAGCCUUUAACAUACUGUAAUUGUGGAUGUGUCUUUCUAUGAACUUGCUUAAAAUUCUAGCAUAGAAAAAGAAAACAUGGUGUACUUGUUCAAUAUUGUGAUGUCCUGUGUCUGCCAUUUCAGUUUCGGUAAAAGCUUUUCUAAAUAAAUGCUGUGAUCAUGAAAAACUA